AGCACCCGUUUUCAAUGAAUAGCUACCGCCUCCACUUUUUCAGUGACUAACAUGUCAUUUAAGAUGACACUUAAAAUAUCUAUUAUAGGGCCACAGCUGCCCACUCUCAAUGUUAAUACAGUGAUAAUAGUUUUGUUUUCAUGAUAUCUGACCACCUCAACAAAAUUGGGAGGCCAACGUCAGCCCCUACAUUUGACCUACAAAUUAAAUAUCUGUCUCAGACCGACCACCCCCUCCUCUGUGCCAAGUGUUGCGCCAUCUCACAUGUUCUACUGACCUCAGGUUGGCUAAAAAUGACAAGGGGGCGGGAGCCUCAAGUGAGUGGGCAGACCGAUCACCAUGCAGCUGUCAUUGUGAGGCUUACUGGACUGUGACUGUCAUUUCCCCCUUCGGACUGACUGGCAGUGGUAGGGGGAGAUCAUGAGUGGGGUGGUUUAGCUCAUGGGACAAGGAGGGGGGCCGUGCAACUUGUUGGACUUGAUGCUUGCAUUCAAACAGAAGCCAAGUGAGAACAGAUUUCAAGACUGCUGGGAAUUAAGAGAACAUUUUCUGAAGAUUCACCUUGUUCUGCGGAGAAGUAACACACUACUGGAAAAUGGUUAUAAAAGGCUGAAAAGUCAGAGAACAUCAGGAAAGAGGAGGGCCGUCACUUCCAAAAGACAAGUCCAAGGAGCUGUUAAUGCAACAUGAUCCAGUGGGUCUUGUCCUAAAAAUACCUCUGGGCAGGAGAGUGGCAGAAAUCUCUAUCUGCAGGUACCUAGUAAUCAACUAUUUAUUCUUCUUCUUCGGACAACUGAGGUCAGAGAACAUCAAGUUGAGUAGAAUUUAUCCACCGCAGAUAUGUUUCAAAAAUGUGAAUGUGGCUUUCCAAGUAAAAUAAAGUUAUAUACUAUCUUUCAUAAAAUAAUGUGAGAAUUUUGUUAACUUUAAUUUAUAUGUGAAGCCCGCUCAUAGACUCUAAUGCCCUGACUGGAGUUUGGUUUAGAAUACUAAAGGAGGGCUGUUUAGUUAGAGUUAUAGCUGCACAAUCCACAUACAUGGUAACAGAAUCGGUAGGAUCUACCAAAUCAAUUCAACCAUGAGAAAAGCUGAGGUGCAAAUGACCCUAAAAAAAGGGGCAGAUGAUGCUGCCGCAUCCCCGACCCCCAUCUUCCCCCCAAAGAGGUCCAAAGCGGGCCCAGAGCAAGUUGCCCCGGACCCUCGAGGACCCGGUUAUCCCACCCAAACUCCACCUGUUUUUACACGCAAAAUGAGGAACGCCGCUGUGGGAACAGGAUGUGACAUCCGUCUGAAGGUGACUGUGGCUGGAGACCCCCAGCCCUCCCUGUACUGGUACCACAAUGAUGAACUCCUCAACAUGGAGAACCAGGAGUACGGAGGUCUCUGGAUUAGGGAUUGCAAACCCAGUGAUGCUGGCCUCUACACCUGCAUCGCCAAUAAUCACGUGGGAGAGGCACGGAGCAGCGCUGUACUGGCUGUCCUGGAUCUGGGUGAAGAUUCCGAAACAACAGACGAUGAAGGUGACCAAUUUGAGACCAAAGAAGAUAGUUGGGAUGUUGAGGACCAGGCUGGGCAUAAAGUGAUGGACAAAUGUGCAGAAGAUGACAGUAGAACACAUGGACAUGAGGAUCACUCUAACACAACCAGGAGCCAGUCAGAGAAUUUUCCAAGAAAAUCUCCCCCACAAGCCCUCCCACCCCCAUCCCCAAGACUUGUCAAACGUCCCUCCACCUCUCCAAUGUCAAGUCGCUCUGGUUCAACUACACCUAUUAGCUUGCGGAAGAAACUUGUUUUACCAACUGAUUACCAAGACACAGUGCCCGGGGAGUUUGAAGAAAAGGUUAGGCAGCCAAAAUCUGUGUCUCAAAGUAACACCCAGGACUCCCGACCACAGACUCCACUGAGCGAGUACUCCCGGAAAGAAUUUACUCUCAGACCAUCCCCAAAGCUGACCAGGGCAAGCUCAAAGGUUUUUGAGAAGGUCCGUGGCUUAGAAGAGAGGAGACGAAGUCUUGAUAUUCCAGAAGGUUCCAUCUCGGGAGGAUCCUGGGCAGGCUUCAAUCGCGCAGGAUCUGUAGAUUCAGAUGAUGGAGGAAGCCGGUUGGGCAUCUCUAGAGAAAGUUCAAGGGAAGAUCUAAGGGAGGCUUUGAAAGAGGAUGCUGCUGAGCGUAGAUCUAUGUUUAAACAGAGAGCUGCUUCCCUGGAGGACAAAUCUCGCUACUCCCAAAAAGUUCAGGACAUUGAGAACAAGUUCACUGAGGAACUCCAGCGCAUUAAGAAGCUUGUUGGUAAACCUCAUAUGAAGAAGUCGUUUUCAACUGAACAGCUCACUCUAAAGAGCAAGCAGCGCCAGCCUUUCAGGAAAAUCGAACCUAUUCCUCCACAAGUCCUUCAAAAGCUCCAAGAAAGGGAACGUGCCCAGUGGGCAAAAGAACAGAGAGAAACCAAUCUGCAACCAAUGCAACAACAGCAGCAAACACAGCAAGAACAGAAUAAGUCCCAUCCCCAAAAGACAGCAAGCACUGGUUCAACAACUGUUACAGUCAGUAGAUUUGGAGAAGUGGCAGGCACCCCAGAGUCCAUGCAGUUAUCUGACUUACCAGGACAACGAUCAGUGAGAGAAUUAAGUAGAGUCAGUCCAGUAACGGAAAUAAUUCAGAGAUCAUCACCAGCAUUAUAUCAUCAACAAAGGGAAGGGUCUCCAAGCAGAAAUGUUGCUGAGCUGACAUUACGUAAGGUUGAACGAAGGCCACCAAGUCCGCUCGUACAAAGGGUAUCUCGAUUGCAAGAAUCCCCGCACAUCCAGGAAUCUCUUGUGCAAACGUCACAAAAGGAUGAGAUUUCGGGGAGGAAGACACCAAUAGAGGUAGCAUUAAGGAAACUUGAAAACAGACCUGAAAGUCCCCUUGUACAAAAAAGGGUUAUCAUUGUGCAAGAUCUUCCUCCUCAACCUCUUUUAAAACCCCCGAGGAUGUCACCAGUCACUCCAACGGAGGAGAGAAUGGAAGUGGACAUGUCUAAACCAGCCUUAAAGAUGAAAAUCCCCGCCAUUAUUGUUGAAGAUGAAAAGAUGGAGGAGGAUGUUCAUGUGAAGACAAGUGAGCCUCAGCAGAUUACUGCUAGUGCCAAAGAGGGACGACAGCUGAAGACCAAAGGAAAGAACCGUCGCACUCGACCCAUGUCUCCAGAGUUAGAUUCUUCUGAUGAUUCUUAUGUGUCUGCUGAAGAAGACCCGAUGGAGGCCCCUUUAUUUGAGUUUCCCCUGCAGGACACUGUAGCAUCUGCUGGCGCGGAUGUGCUACUAAAAUGCAUCAUUGCCGGCACCCCCAUUCCUGAAGUUACCUGGACAAAAGAAAAUACGGAAAUCGCCGGCAUUGCAAAUUUCACAGUCAAAGUGGAGGGUGAACGACAUACUCUGCUCAUCAAAGCAGCUAGAAUAAGUGAUGGUGGCAAAUACUGUGUAAGCGCUGUUAAUCAGGUGGGCAGAGCAUCCAGCAGUGCCACCCUUAUAAUCAAAGCAGAGUCUGUACAGGAGCCAAAGGGAAACCUGGGCGUGCCUCGGGAUAUCAGCAGCCCUAUUACAUCUGAUGAGGAGUAUCUCAGUCCCCUGGAGGAAGGCAUGGAUUUCGGUGGGCAAACUAUUGACACACGAUUCAGGAAACCCCCUGCAUUCCUGGUAACAAUGAGUGAUCAAGCUGUCAUUGAAGGACAGGAAGUCACCAUGUCUGUCCGAAUAAGUGGACAACCCAAACCCAUGCUCUAUUGGCUGAGGGACAGAGUUACGGUGAAAACAGGCCCACGUCACGUUGUACGCGAGACAGAAGAUGGCACUUUUGAAAUGACCGUCAAGUCAGCAGUGAGAUCGGACUCGGGGAUUUACACCUGUAAGAUCAUUAAUGAGUAUGGGACAAAGCAGUGUGAAGGAAAGCUGGAGGUAAAAGCACCACCAGUUGAGCCAAGUCUGGCUGUCAUCCGCCCGGUCAAGGACAUCACAGCCAAGGCCGGAGAGACAGUUCUGUUCGAGUGUCAUGUCAUCGGACCGAAGGACACUGACGUGGACUGGCUCUCAGAUGGUAAACUGAUCCAGCCGGCAUUGCUCAACUGUAAGAUGCACUUUGAUGGAAGAAAGUGCCUGCUGCUGCUCAACUCCGUACACGAGGACGACAGUGGGACAUACAUGUGCAAGCUCAGCACAGCUAAAGAGGAAGUGACUUCAUGUGGCAAACUUAAAGUCAUCCCUUCAAUUGAACCUCUCUUCACUCGCAAGCUGGAUGUUCUCGAAGUGAUUGAGGGCCGUAACGCUCGAUUUGACUGCAAAGUCAGCGGGACGCCGUCUCCUAAGGUCAUCUGGAGCCACUUUGACCAUCCGCUCGCAGAAAGUGAGGACAUUCGUAUUCUUCAGGAGGGCGGCCGGCACUCUCUUUUCAUUUCUCAUGUGACCAACGAGGAUGAGGGUUUUUACACUGUCACGGCCCGUAACGGUCACGGGGAUGCAGAGAGUUCUGCCGAACUUUACAUACAAGAACCACGGCCAGCCAUCUCCUCACAGAUGGCUAAACUGGAGAAGAUGCCAUCGAUCCCAGAGGAGCCAGAGGUCCCCGAGAAUGAGGUGGAGCGUUUCACUAUGCCUGACUUCAUCAAACCACUUUACGACCUGGAUGUGAUCGAGGGAAAAGAAGCAGUGCUCAAAUGUAAAGUGGCUGGUUUGCCGUACCCCACUAUCGCCUGGUUUCACAACGGCAAAAAGAUUGAGAGCACCGAGGACAGAAAGAUGACACAGUUCCGUGACGUCCACAGCCUGGUCAUCCGCUCUGUGUGCCAUGCCCACGGUGGUGUCUACAAGAGUGUCAUCUCUAACAAAGUCGGCAAAGCCACCUGCUAUGCUCAUCUCUAUGUUACAGAUAUCCUCCCUGACCCUCCUGAUGGGACUCCAGUGAUAGAGUCCAUCACUGGUAAAACCAUCACCCUAAGCUGGAAGAAACCAAGGAGGCUGGACCCUUCUAUUGAUCCCAGUUCUCUGAUGUAUGCCAUCCAGCAACAAGCCCUGGGCUCCAUCCAGUGGACCAUCAUAGCUUCUGGCCUGAAGGAGACCACCUACAUCAUCACCACCCUCUCCAAAGGUGUGCGCUAUGCCUUCAGGGUCCUGACCAUCACCUCCAAAGCCUUCAGCAAGCCCUCACCUUGCACUGACUCAGUGCAGCUCCUGGACCGAGGUCCUUAUCUUCAGGAGGCUCCAGUGAUUAUUGACAACCCAGAAAUUGUACAUGUGAUGGAAAACCAGUCAGUCACCAUCACUGUCACCCUCAAUCAUGUCAACGCUGCAGUCCUCUGGAAGAGGAGGGGAGUGGUCCUCGCAGGCAAGCCAGGCCUGUACGAGAUGACUAUGCCAGAUGAUGACCAGCAAACGCUGAAGCUGCUUAAAGUGACGAGUGCUGACAUCGGAGAGAUGAUGUUUUUGGCCUCCAACAAGUUUGGCAGCGACACGUGCACCUUCAGCGUGGAGAUGGCAGCUCCACCAACAUUUGAAACAAUCAUGGAGGACUUGGAUGUUUGUGCUGGCGAGACCCCUCGCUUUGCUGUGGUUGUGGAGGGCAAACCCAUUCCUGACAUCCUCUGGCUCAAGAAUGAUGUCCUGCUGUCGGAGAGCAGUCAUUACACAUUUGUGUACGAUGAUAAUGAGUGUUCCCUGGUGGUCCUAAACGCUCGUCCAGAAGACUCCGGGGUUUACACCUGCACUGCACGAAACUUGGCGGGAUCUGUGUCCUGUAAGGCUGAACUCACCAUUCAUGAAGCUAAACGUCAAAAGGAUCCAUUGGACGACGAGGAGACUGUUCUAAGGAAAAUGCGCAGACUGACUGACAACUAUGACAUUCACAAAGAAAUUGGAAGAGGUGCAUUUUCCUAUGUGAAACGUGUGACCCAGAAGGUUGGCAAGAUGGAGUAUGCUGCAAAGUUUAUUUCCACCCGAACCAAGAAGAAGAUGUACGCUCGGAGAGAGAUGAACCUGCUUUCCAAGCUGGACCAUGAGAGAGUCCUUUACUUUCAGGAUGCCUUUGAGAAAAAGAAUGCAGUCAUCAUCAUCACUGAACUAUGCCAUGAGGAGCUGCUUGACAGAUUUACAAGGAAAUCCACAGUAAUGGAGUCUGAUAUACGUUCAUGUAUAAGACAACUUCUGGAGGGCAUGGACUACCUUCAUCAUCAGAACAUCAUACACCUGGACAUUAAGCCUGAUAACAUCCUCAUGGCAGACUCCCAUGGCGAUCAGAUCCGAAUCUGUGACUUCGGCAACGCAGUGCAGAUCACACCGGAUGAGGCUCAAUACUGCAAAUAUGGCACACCGGAAUUUGUUGCACCGGAAAUUGUCAAUCAGACCCCUGUGUCUAAAGCAACAGACAUCUGGUCAAUUGGAGUUAUUGCGUACCUGUUUCUGACAGGAGUUUCUCCAUUUGCUGGAGAGAAUGACCGCAGCUCCGUACUGAACAUCAGGAACUAUAAUGUGGCCUUCGAGGAGAGCAUGUUUGCUGACCUUUGCCGAGAGUCUAAAGGGUUCAUCAUAAAGCUGCUGGUAGCAGACAGGCUGAGACCUGAUACUCAAGGAUGUCUCCGACACCCCUGGUUCAAGAUACUUAGCAAGGGGAAGGCCAUAAGUACAGAGGCCCUGAGGAAGUUUGUAUCUCGCAGAAAAUGGCAGCGUUCACUAAUCAGCUAUAAAUCAAAAAUGGUCAUGAGGUCCAUACCUGAGUUGCUGAACGAUUCCUCCAGCCACAUCUCCAUUGCAGUUCCCAGGCACCUAAAAGAAGGUUCACCUUUGCCAUCAUCAUCUUCAGAUUCUAAUGAAGACAUUGAUGAACUGCCAUUUAUUCCAAUGCCACUUAACAUGGAAUUUUCUGGAUCAAGGAUGUCACUGAAUGACAUCCAGACCAAUGAGCAGGAAACAGGGAAGCAGGAUGGAACAAGUAAAUGGUCUAGUUCUACUGUUCAAGCCCAGGAGGCAAUGGAGUGUGACUCUAAAGAAAUAGAUAAAGAAGGGGUCGAAUCAACAGGUAAAGGCCGCCUGCAGAAAAGGUUGCCACAAGACAAUGAUAGGGGUUCUUCAGAUGAAGAAUCACUCGCUGCAAUGCCACAAAAGUCACAGGUGACUAGAAAACCCCUGCGAAGGGGUUCAAGCAUGGAGUCCGACAAACCAGAGGGUGGACGACAAAGAGGAGAGCUUAGACGUGGAGGCUCUGCCGACAGUGCAUUGCUGCUCCGGAUUACACCUGAGGAAGGAGCUGGAGACGUUAACCAAGAGGAUGGAAGGAGAGUUCUCAAGAAAGCUGUCUCUAUGGAACUACCAAGGAGGAGCACCAGCCCAGGAACUGCCAAUAUGAGUCAAGAAGACUACGCUCUUAAACUGGAGAUGAUGAGACAGCGGCUGCUUCGUGGUGGCUCUGUGGACAAAAAGAUGAGUGGACUGAGAGGACCUCUGUUGGAAACAUUAGGAAUGGGAGAUGAAAAACGUGCAAUAACCACAGAUCGCUACUCUCGUACUACUCGUUUAGGCCCACCCCCACUGAUUAGAGCUGCAUCCAGCGAUUCUGCAAUGGAGGAAGUUCCCAAACCCAAAAUUUUGCGCAAAACUGCUUCUUUCAGUCAAGGUGAUUCAGAACCCAUAGCUUUACACCGCCGGUCAGGAGCUCCCUUGGAAAUUCCCUUGGCACAGGUAGAAGAGAGAAGGCUCAAGGAGGCUAUAUCUAUGUCAGCUCUUACCGAGCAAAUCAAACUAGACUCCCGUCCAGUGACUCCCAGGGAUCCUUCGCCAAAACCCCCAAUACCAGAGUCUGUCGUGCAGGAAAGUCCAUGCAAUGCAGAACGCGAGGAAUCAUUAAUGGAGAAAGAGAUAAAGCCUGAUGAGACUAUGAACGAAAAGAUGGAAGGCCUGACUUCAGAUAGUAAUUUUGAUGAGAGAUCGAGCACUAGUGGUUUCUCAGAGAAGGACAUGAGCAUAUCAGAAGAACCAAUGAUUGAGUCAGAGUAUACGGGCCACAUAAUUCCUACACCUCCUCUUGUGGUCCAAAGCUCUAAACUAGAAGAGAAAAUGGACGAAGAAGAAGGAGAAAACGAGAAAGAAGAGAUUAUGAAAGAAGAAGCGGAAGGAAUUGUCAGUGUUGCUGAAUCAAACACUAGAGGAAAGGAAGACAUUUCUGAAGAAAAUGUAGAAGAGGAAGUAAACUUGGCUGCUAAAUCUUCUGAUAUGAUCAUAACCACAAACUCAGUUAUGGUGAGACCAACACAAGAAUAUUCCCAUCCAUCAUCAAAUGUUGUGUCAACUUAUGUAACGCCCUCGCUUCCUGCUCGAGUUACUCUUUCAGAUGGAAGUACUUCAGCAUAUGCAAGUAUUAUGCAGACCAUCAUGGUCCCUGCAGUUCAGCCUGUCAAUGACCAACCUCUGGGCCCGUCUACACCUGUGGUUGUUCCAGCCACCUUGUCAUCCUCAAUAACAACUGAAACAUUUGCAACAACAUCUUUACUUGCCAGCGUGUCCUCAGCUUUAUCUGGUCCACCAAAGCCAGCCAUAUUGUCAACCACUGAGCACCCUGCUGUAUACUCUAGGGUAGCAUCACCAGAAAUGAUGACAAAAGAACCCAGUCCACCAAGGGCUACCACACAUUCCUCAUCCCAACAUGAGACCUCAACAGGAGUUGACUUUGAGGACAUUACUUCUGAAGAAGUCUUUAAGGCCCGCUUCAAAAAACGUGAAUCCUCACUCUCAAGAAGUCUAAAGUUUCUGUCACGGUCAAAGAAUGAGGAAAAAUCACAAGCACUGUCACCAGAUUCAGAGUCAAGCGAAGAGAUUUACAGACCUGGUCCAAUUGGUGCACCAUUGGAAUUAGCACCAAGGAGACUUGAGGAGAAGUCAAAGUCAGUCCAGGACCUUCGUGAAGCUCAAAAGGACCAAGGCUUCAUGAGAAGGCUCUCUAUGCGACUGAAGAGAGCUCCGUCAACUGAGCGCAAGGACGAAGCGGCCAAAGAAGAAGAUUCUGUUUCUUCAAGACGUAGGCUUUCUUGGACUCUCGGCCGAAGAGGGUCACAGGAAAAGAAGGAAGUGGAGAUGACACGCAUGGAUAGUGAAGGUAAUGCGUUGGUGGAACACGAUGAAAAGGAGCUUAAGAAACCUAAUGAAUCACCGGUCUUGGCAAUGCGCAGAAAGAUUGAAUCAACGGUGGCUGGGAUCUCCACAAGAAUUCGCAGUUACUCCGAGGAAAGGAAAGCAUCAGAGGACAAGGAAACCAAGAGGACACCCAUUCUUUCCAUGCUUCGUCGUGCAACAUCAGAGAGCCGAGCUCCGAAGGUCGCCAGUGUUCCUCAGAACCAACUGGCAUCUCAGGCCAGUAAUGGUGCCUCAUCAGAGUCUCUAGACUCUAUGGCCAGCCUAAAGUCAGAAACAUCAAAGGUUGCGGAAGGUGAGCGCAGAUCCCGCUGGGAUCGAUGGGGCCUAACCAGAGGGAAGCGAGACAAGACAGUAUCACAGCCUGACAUACCAACAGCAAUCUCCAGAGAAAAUAGUUCCCUACGUACACGCCAAUACUCCAAACUUGCCUCUGAUUUCCCUCCAGUAUUCCACAUCAAGCUGAGAGAUCAUGUCCUACUGGAGGGGGACCCAGUCACACUCAGCUGUCUGCCAGCAGGCAGCCCCCACCCACACAUCACCUGGAUGAAAGAUAAGAAGCCCCUGGAGAUUGAUACCAGAAUGAAUUUGAUCGCCUGCCCCGAUGGACGGCAGCUACUGAUGAUCAUGCAGACCACCAAAAAGGAUGCGGGAGUCUAUGAAUGUGUUGCUACAAACCCCCUGGCUUCAAUGUCCAGCUCUUGCACAAUAUCUCUUGCUCGCCUGCCUAAUCGUCCAGGGACCCCUGAAAUACCUCAGAAGUACAACAACACAGCCCUGGUACUGUGGAGGCCCUCUGACACAAUGGCCCCCUGCACAUACUCUCUGGAGAGGAGAGCUGAGGGUGAGACUAACUGGCUGAUCGUGGCUACAGGUGUGGCAGACUGUUAUUGCCAUGUGGUUGACUUGCCAGCAGGGGGCGCCUUCAGGUUCAGGGCGGCAUGUGUAAAUAAAGCUGGGCAGGGCCCCUACAGCAACCUCUCAGAAGUAGUUAGCCUGGAUGCUUCAGAACCAGCUAAAUCCAGUGCUACUGUGGUGGUCAAGACUGUCCCUGCAACAACUUCUCCUCCUCCUGUGGUGAUGAUGUCUUCCAUGAAAGUUCCUCCCAUUAAACCGGCUCCUAGUAAAUCCACCACAGUAACACCUCCCUCAACUUCAGCUCCCAUUCCAUCUGUGGCUCAAUCUGCUUCUCCAGUAACCAUCAAACCCACUGUGCAGGUUGAUGCUGGCCGUCCUGCUGUUACUCCGCCCGUUAGUACAGCUCCCUCCCAACAGGCUCCCGUUCAGACUACCACAGUGGUUCAAGCCACGGCUGCCAAAGCCAAGAGCACCCUUAGCAUCAGUGUGAGCAAACCCCAAAUCAAAUUGGCGCCUCCCCCUGUUGUCCCACCCAAGCCUCGGAGUCCUGUCCCACCCAUAACCAGAAAGCCCCCUUCUCCUGUACCACCACCUGCACCUUCCAUCGGGAAACCUAUUUCAUCUGUGCCCAUGUAUGUGCCAGCUGCAACCGCGCGCGUUACUUCCCCUUCUCAAUCUAGUUCCAUCCCGACAACCACCACCAUUUCAGUCACCCCUGUGACUGUCCCACAACCCGUGACUGUCUCCCCCCCUGUGAAGGUCUCUCCGCCCGUGAAGGUCUUCCCGUCCGUGAUGGUCUCACCACCUGUAAAGGUCUCACCGCCUGUAACGGUCUCACCGCCUGUAACCCUAUCACUACCCGUGAAGGUCUCACUGCCCGUAACCCUAUCACUACCCGUGAAGGUCUCACCGCCUGUGGUGGUGGUGCAGAGUUUGACACCACUGCUGCAGGGAGGGGACGGCUGGAGUACCCCAUCAGGACGGGUUACACCCUCAGGACGGGCCACACCUACGGGGCGCAGGACACCAUUGGGAAAGCCUGGAGAGGGAUCUCUGCGCCAGGGAGUUCCACAGAAGCCUUAUACCUUCAUGGAUGAGAAAGCAAGGGGUCGGUUUGGUGUGAUCCGUGAGUGCCGGGAAAACGCCACAGGCAACCUCUUUAUGGCGAAGAUUGUUCCAUAUGAGGCAGACAACAAGCAGACGGUGCUGCAGGAAUACGACAUCCUCAAGUCACUCCAUCAUGACAGGAUCAUGGCUCUGCAUGAAGCUUACGUCACACCGCGCUACCUGGUGCUUAUCUCCGAGUACUGCAGUGGGAAGGAGCUGCUCUUCAGCCUCAUAGACAGGUUCCGUUACUCAGAGGAUGACGUGGUCACAUAUAUUGUGCAGAUCCUCCAGGGUCUGGAUUACCUCCACACCCGACGCAUCCUCCACCUGGACAUCAAGCCGGAGAACGUCAUCAUCACCUACAUGAACGUCAUCAAGAUCAUUGACUUUGGCAGCGCUCAGAAUUACAACCCUCUCUUCCUCAAGCAGUUCAGCCCUCCUAUUGGAACUCUGGAGUAUAUGUCUCCAGAGAUGUUGAAGGGGGAUGUUGUGGGUCCUCCAGCUGACAUCUGGAGCGUGGGCGUACUGACUUUCAUCAUGUUGAGUGGAAAGUCGCCUUUCAUUGAAAAUGAUCCUCAGGAGACUGAAUCCAGGAUCCAGGCGGCAAAGUUUGACCUCUCUAAACUCUACCAGAAUGUGUCCCAAAGUGCCUCUCUGUUUCUUAAAAAGAUCCUCUGUAGCUACCCUUGGGCCCGUCCCUCCAUUAAAGACUGCUUCAAUAACUCCUGGCUUCAAGAUGCCUACCUGAUGCGCCUCCGCAGGCAGACUCUCACCUUCACAACUACCCGUCUCAAGGAAUUCUUGGCCGACCAGCAGCGCAGGCGAGAGGCGGUGGCCACUAAGCACAAAGUCCUCCUGCGGUCCUACCAAAGCUCGCCACAAACCCCCACCAGCCCCGUCACGCCAAAUGUGCCAACUUCACCCUCCACACCUGUCACCCACUGAGAACAGGCGUCCAAACACCGGAUGUUGGGACUUUACGGGGAAGGGGAACAUCCUCAGAGCGAGACGAGACUUUGGGCCGUGGGGUGGGACGGUCCCUUCAGGUUUGAGUCGUUGAACGUUUGAGUCGUUGAACUUGGUCGGAAGAAAAAAAGAAAACUGAAGAAACCAGCAGUAGCUGUGAUCUACAGAGACGUCACUUCUUUUUCUUUUGUGAAUCUAAAAGAAUGCUUUCACACUUAAGGGAACUCUUACAAAGUUACAAGAGCCUGACAGUAGUUUUUAUAUGGUGGACCUUGGUCAUGCAAGGCAGGAUGUUGUCUUCAAGCUAGUACCUCAAGGUUUGUAACUUUGCAUACAUUUUGGAUAAAUUACUUCCUUUCUUACUGUCAACUCUACUAGAGGGAAUGUAUACUAAUACAUCGUAGUGACCCACCAUGGAAGGCCUAACAUUGCUGUAAUAGUUUUGAUGUUAAAAACAUUUAAGUGCAAGUUAUUCACACAAUUCCAAAAUAUUGAAUACUUUUCAAAGCAAAGAGUGCUAAAACAUUUAAUGCCUUUUCCACAGCAGCACCUCCGUUAUAUCUGAACUAUUAAUCUCAUAUUCAAAUGUUUCCUGACCAGAACUUCAUUCAAUGAUGUCAAUUCUGUGUCCAUGUUUAAGGACAGCCAGGAAUGCUUAAUGUUGCUCUCCAUAAACUCAAUCUAACUUUAAUCCUUAAAGCAGUGUUAUUCGUGCUAAGUUUUUAUACUGCUGUAGCAUCUCAAUGAUUGUCAAGAUUGUAGCAGUUCCAGCAGUUGUAAAGUGUAUAUUGAGAUCAGAGGAUACAUUGGAUGAUUCUCUACAAGGGCUAUUAGAAAAUUACUCUUAUAAUGAGCACAACAUUUUUCCCUUAUGUUACUUAAUAUAGUAAUAAUUUGAUCAUUUGAAAUCUACAUUUUAUUUUGGAAUUUGUUAUUAGAUUAUCAUUUUUGCAUCAAGUGAUAAUAUGUACAGCACAGUGACAGUGGCUGUCUCUGUGUCGGCUCUUGGCAGGCACGUCUCCUUCACCACACAAGCUAACAAGGAGAACAUUGGCUUCCAGUUCCACUCACCUCCUUCACUCGGCCCAGUGUAAAGGAUCCAGCGUGAUUAGUUACAUUUACACUCGGCUCUGAGUUUACUAAAAUAAAGUUUAUAAAUUAAGUUGCUGAGACAGUCAGCCAAUGUAUUCUGAGGCUGUGCAUACAGCACUUUGCCUGAGAUACAAGAUCAUUAUUAUUAUUAUUAUUAUUAUUAUUAUUAUUAUUAUUAUUAUUAUUAUUAUAAAGAUUAUUCAGGGGGGUUAGUGGUAAAGUGAAUCACUUUAGAAACCCAUUGGUGAUACUGGGGUGCCUCCAAGUGCCCUUAACCAGUUAGCAUUAGUCAGCAUAAAAAAUAGCCUCUCCAAUUUGUUUAGAAAGGAUGUUUAUUAAGAUAUUUUUGAGUGUAUUAGAUUUUAUUUUAGCUGUAAUCCUCAAUUGCUAACAGCUCCUGCUUUAAAAAAAUAUAUAUUUAUUUUUUGUUUUUUUAUAAAUAAAGCUAAAUUAGAUAUUGGUUAUAAUUGAAAAAUAAAUGAUUAUUUUUAAUUUAUUCCCUCAUACACCUUUUUGGUUUCCAGCCCAUACAAGCCUACAAGUCACAGAAAACAGUGAUCAAAACAUAAAUUCUAUAAAUGCAGCCCCUACAGACUGUACAGGGAAGUGUUAAAGUCUUAGACAAUCCAUACAGCUUUAGGAAAUAUUAAAAUAAUUCGUAAGAGACACCAGCUCUUAUUCCGUACUCCAUACAUGGAGUAUCUGAGGUCUGUACCUCUUAAUAAAUACAUAAAAUAACGUUUUAAAAAGGCAAGUCAUCAUCAAGAGGAUGUAAAUGAGAGGAUGACUACAUUACAGAAUUGUUCAAUUUGACCUCUGGUUUUAGUCCCUUAAAGCACGUAACCUUUUCUCUUCAGGGACAAUAUUGAAGACUGCAAUUAGGCACGAGCUGACAUUUGUCCUUUGGUUGGAUUGAAAGUGGAAUAUGACUCGGUGACAUAUUGGUGUUUAAUGUCUGUUUCAAAAUAUAUUGUGAAAUGCCUAAUAUCCCCUUUUGUCCAAAGAUGGUUUGUCUUAAGUAUUUGUUCUGGAAGUCUAUCCCCGGGCAUCUGUACCAGCACAUUUGCUUUAACAUUGCAUUGAUCAUAAAUCAGUGAUAUUCUUUCUGGUAACUAAAUCACCAAGUGGUAUUGUUUCUUUCAUACUGCUUUGCCUCAGUUUUAAGACCAGCAUGUGAAACAUUUGCACAAAUGUCAGAUUUUUGAUCACUUUGCUGUCGCGUGUGUUGAUAUAAAGUACAGAUUUGGACACUUAACAUACAAAAUGUAAUUUCUGUGACAGAUUGGAUUCAUUUUAAAGAAAGAAUCAAGGACUCACAGUCGGACACGGUUAAGUGUUUUAGGACGAUAUUACGUAAAGCGGAGUCAUACAUUCAGUAAAUUCACAAGUUGUUUUAAUCUGUGUAUUGACUGACAGAGACUGUUGGUGAUUCUAUGAAAUUAUUUUACUUGUUCCAUAUAUAUCUAAUGCUAUUGCUAAUUUAAUACUGCCCUUUUCUGCAGCUCUUUGUCAUUUUCCUAUGCAGAGUACAAGAUAAUCACAGGCGGAGUGAAACCUGAAUGAAAACAUGCAAGAUCAGCAUGACAAUUCAAUUCUUAACGUCAAUAUAACGUCAAAUGUGCAAUAUAUUACGCUCUUUAAUCAUAUAAAAUGAAAAAACAACUAUUUUUAAGCAGACAACAGGGUUUUAAAAAAAAAGAUAUUGAAUGCUCCACAUUUUGUAUCCUAUGCCGUAUUUUGUGGAAUGUGUUGCAGUGCCUCGUGAUGGAUAUUAGACCCACAGAGAAAAUAGUUUGUUACAUGAAUGACAAGUUCUUUAUUUUGAUUAUAUGAAUGUGACUGCUUUGUGUGUGUUUCGCAAUUUGUUUAUUUAUUGAGUGACUGUGUUUGUUAUAGCUGCUGCUUUUUAUUUUGUGACCUUUCUGAAUCUGGCAUGGAAAAGGCAUGACAGCUGUUAAGGCUAUGAACAAUAAAGGAAAUGUGACAAAAAAAAAAAGAUGAAUACAAUGUA